CACGUAAACGUCCGUGCGCGGAUUGUGUGCGAGAACAUUGUCAUAUUGUGACCAUAAUUUUUCGUAUUUUUAAAAAAAAAAAGUCGUUGUGUAUAAGUGAAAUAAAGCGAAUAUGUCUGAUAUAUGUGAUUAUAUCGGAUAACAUGGUAUAAAUGAUGAAGACUAGGUAACAUGGCGGAUUGAUACGUGUAAUCAGACGCCAUGUCCAUUUGUGGCACUUCAGGAAACUUUCCUGUGUAAACUUUAGUAACUGUAACUAAUGUUUCUCUUUGAUAGGUUAUUAUGGUCCGUUAUUCUUGGAUAAUUUCUUUAUCAUCCUAAUAUCAUUGCCUGUUUUCGUUCGUGCUCUUGUUUUGGAAACUUGUCCGUUCUUCCAAAGACGUGUGAGAAGUCAUUCUGUCUUAUGCUAACAUAGUUAGCCGUGCGCGUGGCCUGAACGCUAUUGCAUAGACAGGAGAACUAUUUAUCUUAUACGGGAUUAUAGGGUGCUUGUAAAACUUGUUUAUUAUUGCAAAUAGUAUUGUGGUGUCUUCGAGAAAAUGUCUCGGAACCAGUAAUGGAAGAAGGAAGAGAUCAGAACUGAAGACUGUUUAUCUCCAGCUCUAUUGCGGGGCUUUAGCUCAGGAACAUCCGCGUUAAAAGCUGCAUGACAGUGGUGAGAUGGAGCAUCUGUCGUCCGGGAAUAAUCAGAUCUUGAGCGGCUCGGAUGCAGACUCGGACACGGCAGAGGAGGAGGAGCCGGGCUGCAUGGAGAGGAGCAGCGAACAGCAUCGGAGAGCAGGGCGAGAACACGGCGCCCCUGCACCGGCCACAGGUCGCGCCAUGGUCGGCGGAGUAACAGGCGCUAAACCAGGCAAAAAGACCCGCGGGAGAGUCAAAAUUAAAAUGGAGUUCAUUGACAACAAGCUGAGACGGUAUACCACUUUCAGCAAAAGAAAGACUGGCAUCAUGAAGAAGGCAUAUGAGCUUUCCACCCUCACUGGGACUCAGGUGCUGCUGUUGGUGGCCAGUGAGACAGGUCACGUGUAUACAUUUGCAACACGGAAGCUGCAGCCAAUGAUCACGAGUGAGACAGGCAAGGCACUGAUCCAAACCUGUUUAAAUUCACCUGACUCUCCACGCUCCGAUUCAGCUGCUGAUCAGAGGAUGAGUGCUACGGGCUUUGAAGAGACCGACCUCACAUAUCAGGUCACAGAGAGCGAUGGCAGCAUAGAGGAGAAGGAAGUUAACAAGUCUGCAGGAACUGUAAUGAGCAGCAGUGUAGAGACACCCUCCACUUCCUCUGCUCAGUCAGAGAGCAGCGGAACGCUGCUUCCUACUGCCACCUGUUGGUCAGUGUCCAACGGUACGUUGGUGAAGACGUCUACCUCUGCAACUGGAGUAGUGCAGCUCCCCGCUGGAUUCACGCUCUUGCCUGGUACAGCAGUGUCUCAAUCGACUGAGAGCAGUGAAGUGCAGAAUUUUAACAGCGCAGCUGGAAGUCACUCUGCAGUGAUGACCUCCUCAAUAGCGGGACAUGUUAUCUGCCCGAGCGCAGUGGUGUAUGCUAACUCGGCCUCUACAUUAACGGAUCACCCACUCACACAUGAUAAUCUUUCUGGGUGUAUGUUUUCAGUUCCUCAGAUGUUCCUCACAUCUCCUAACGGAACGGUUCAGAUUCCAGUCUCUGCUGUUCCACUGCAUUCGAUGUUGAUAAAUCAACAGAACUCCAGCAGCACACACACUUUGACAGAGUUACGUGGCGUCAACUUGGACAAUUCGAAAUCAGAGUGAUACACACUAAGUGUGUGUAAUGGGACAAGUGUGUUUUCAAUGCAGAACAGUAUAUAUAUUUUUAAUUAUGGUUUAUAAUAAUUAUGGCAACUCUUCUUCCUCUUACUGUUUCCUCAAUUCAGUUACACAUGUUCAUACAGACUCUCACGUGCACACACUCUAAUUUGUACACUGCACAUUACACAGCUGUUUUUUUUAAUGUUUUUAAAUAAACUUCAAACCAAUCUCCAAACUGUUUAGUGGGGAACAUAUUACUGCUUUCAGUCCGUAUCUGCCCGUGCGUGUGUCUGCGUGCUCGUGCGUGUGUCUGCGUGUCUCUGUGCAUUCGGGCAUGUCUCUGUGCGUGCGUGUAUGUGUGUCUUUCUGCGUGUCUCUCUGUGUGUUUGUGUGUGCGUCUGUCUACAGCUGUGUGAAAGAUUUUACUGGAGUGUUCUAGCACUGUCAUGGCAAACUGGGUUUCUUUACAUCACUAUCAUGAACACAAUGUUACACUGAUAACACCAGCUUCAUCACCACAGAGACACUUAACAGUUGUGUUUAUGCUCCACAAUAUAUGUCUGAACAUGCUAUGACACAUCAGAUCAUCACACCUGCAGCAUGGCCGAAAUGUGGUCAUCUGAAAUCACAAUGCAUCUUAGUAAACGUGCGAUGUGAGAUGUGAGGGAGAACAUGUAGAGAUUUAGCUAUACAUCAGUGUAAUUACUGUAAGUGUUACGCUCCAGGUUUGACACGUUCUACACCUUUAUCUAACUAUACACUUUAAGCUCUCAUUUUACAGUCUACAUUAUAAACCCUAACUUUGCAUUCAACACUUUGCACACUUUAGUGAAAUUUUGAAUGGUGUAGAGUUUUAAUAAGAUUAAAAGGCUGUAGACAAUGUAAGUCUGAAUGCAUCGUUGAAGAUUUCACUUCAUGUACGGCUGUGAAUGAAAAAUAAAGCAGGAUGUGUUUGGUGCA